UUAUCAAGAAAUUUAUCUACCAAAUGCAACAUAACUAAACACAAAGAAGUGAUAAUUAUAAAUAUGAAUGGAAACUAAGGUCAUUUUUAUACAAAAAGCAGUAGAUUUUCGUGAUUCAAAAAACACCGUAUAAGGUUAUAGUGUAUAUAGAAGCUGAUAGUUUCUUCAUACAAGUGUUUUUUUUUAUCUUGUGUUUGGCUUAAUAUUCUUCAUUUUUAACUAUGCCAUCGUCAUGAUAUUCUAGUAUUCUUUUGAUCAUAGUCCAGAAACGAAGUAAAAAGGGACUAUAUAUAGUACAUUUAACUAAUUUGAACAAACUACUACAUUAUUUGUUUGGUAUGCUUUUGUAGAUGACAUUAUGACAAUCAACGUCUGGUAAUACACAAGCCAUGAUUUACACGUGGUAGAUAUAGAAAUUGCGUAGGUCAUAACAUUACAUUCAAACGCAAACGAAUGAUGUUUUUUUUUUUCAUUUUUGUUUUUUUUUUAACACUUAUGUUUUGUUUCGAUUAACUAGAAUACGUAGUAAAUUGAACACGCACAUAAAACAAAAAAGUAGCAUAUAUAUAAAUGAGUUUAUAAGAUUUGUGUGUGCAAAAAGUCGGCUAAAACGUUUGCUUGCCGCGUUACACAAUGCCCUAAUUCUCAUCAUCAUCAUGCGUGCAAGCUAUAUUCCAUUUCCUUAACGAUUCUCAUUCUUACUCUCUUUUAUUUUAGUCUAUAAUUCUUCAAUCUUUAUAAGCAUUUCUGUGUUAAAGAACAGCAUUAUUCAUAUUUUCAGAUUAUUCCUAAGAGGAAAAUGGGAAACCAAACAAGCAAAAAGUCACAAGAGACAUCGUCUAAGACCACAACGACAAACAUGCACUACACAACGGAGCUGAGAUCAUACGAGGCUGCAUGUAAAGCAGACACGGAGCUGCAAUCUUUCGACACAUGUUUACAGGCACGGACAAGUCACGUGAUAAGCACGCUAGCUACGGGUGUUGAGGUUCGAGCGCUCUCGUUUGAUUCCCUCAAAGAAGUGACCGAGUGCUUGCUAGAGAUGAAUCAAGAAGUGGUGAAAGUGAUAUUGGACUGUAAGAAAGAUAUAUGGAAGAAUCAAGAAAUUUUUGAGCUCGUUGAAGAUUACUUUGAGAAUAGCUUGAAGACACUUGAUUUCUGCGCUGCUUUGGAGAAAGGGUUGAGAAAAGCUCGUGAUAGUCAGCUUUUGAUCCUUGUUGCUCUUCAGCAGUUUGAAGAUGAGAGCCUCGUUGAAGGUUGUAAUGGAUACGAGAAGACACUUGACGAGCUGAAGAAUUUCAAAGACGCAGAAUCACCUUUCAGCAAAGACUUCUUCAAGAUGUUCCAGUCUGUGUACAAACACCAGAUGCUGAUGCUUGAGAAGCUACAGCUUCGCAAGAACAAGCUUGACAAGAAACUCAAGUGCAUCCACACAUGGAGAAAACUCUGCAACAUCAUCUUCGUGGCUACAUUCGCCACUGUACUCAUCUGCUCUGUUGUGGCUGCAGCCAUGGCAGCUCCUCCCGUGGCUGCCGCUCUUGCUGCAGCUACAGCCGUGCCGGUGGGCUCAAUGGGGAAAUGGAUCGAUUCGCUGUGGAAGAACUAUGAGAAUGCACUUAAAGGACAAAGAGAGGUGAUCAGUUCGAUGCAGGCAGGGACAUAUGUGGCGGUUAAGGACUUGGAUAACAUCCGGGUUUUGAUCGAACAGUUGGAGAUUGACAUCAGGGGGAUGGUGACGUGUGCUGCAUUCGCAGUGGAACAUGAAGCAGUCAAGCUUGGGAUUGAUGAGAUAAAGAAGAAGCUUGAGGUGUUUAAGAAGAAUGUAGAGGAAUUGGGGGUUCAAGCUGAUUUGUGUAGCAGAGAUAUAAGAAGGGCAAGGACUGUGGUUCUGCAGAGGAUCAUCAAGCAUCCCAACAAUGUUAGUAGCAGCACCUGAAACCACACUAGCAACUCAGCUUCGUGCUAUGAAAUGUUUGAAGACUCUGUAAAGAAUAGUACAGAUUCUUUCUAAAGUUAUGUUUAAUAACUCAAACUGUUUAUGAUGACUGUUGCUCUAUAUAUUAUUUGAUGAUUGAAAACAAUGGGAGACAAGACUUUUCACAUUUGGACUAUUAGUACGUAAUGUUUCUUCAAGGCCUCUAAUAUUUGCUUAUCUCAGAGUGGGUUAACACACUAAAACGAAGAUCAUAAGUACACAUUAGAUCUGAAAAUCAGGGCCUUUAAUUUAGUGAUAAGAUUCAAUUUUAUAAUCUACUCCUAAAAGAGACUUGAUGAUACAUGAUAGGAUACAAGAAGAAGAAGAAGAUGACGUUGAAGUGGCGCCAAGGAAAUCGUCAAGGCCACGUAAGCCAAACAGCAAAUAUCUUUAAAUCUUAAAGAUAUAUCUUUUCUUUUGUUAUUUCAAGUUGUUAAUAAGUGGAACGCUUCUUACGUAACGUUCUCCACCUUUCCCAUGUUUCCUGCAUUAUAGGAGUCAAUGACUCCACCUCUUAUUAUUUGCUUCAUGUACUUUCCUAUUUAAAGAAAUGAAAAAGACAAAAAGAGGUAGACUUAUCUACCCAAAACUACUUGUGUUCUUGUUACUUGUGAUCAACAUUGAUA